GAAUUCCGCGCAUGCUCAGUCGGACCGGUUGGCUUUGCCUCUCCGUGGGCGACGGUGGCUUAGCAACGCCAGUGGAGUGCUUCCGGGUCAGGUCACGGCCGGUUUCCCCUUCCCUUUUCUUUCUCUUCAGUCUCAGUCGCGCCGGAGUUGGGAUUUUUCCUUUAACCAAUGUCAGGAGAUGGUGAUGGUGCCCUUAGAAGUCCCUCUGUGGGAUCUUUAUCAGGAAUUGACAUCCUGCCGGAUGAAUCAAAGUAUGUUUGCACACUGUCUGCAGAGCUUAUUGCCAAAGCACGGGAAGAGCUACAGGAAAAACCUGAAUGGCGGCUUCGAGAUGUUCAAGCCCUCAGAGACAUGGUGUGCAAAGACUAUCCUAACUUGGGAACCUGUCUAGAUGAUGCCUUCUUGCUCAGGUUCCUUAGAGCCAGAAAGUUUGACUAUGAUCGAGCCCUUCAGCUUCUUGUGAACUACCACAGUUGUAGGAGGAGUUGGCCGGAAGUUUUUACAAACUUGAAACCAUCUGCUAUAAAGCCAGUUUUAGACUCUGGUUUUGUCACUGUGCUUUCUCACUUAGAUGAUGAAGGGCGCCAUGUUGUCUGCAUUCGACCAGAUAGAUGGACACCAAGUAACUACCCGAUUACUGAAAACAUUCGUGCCAUAUACUUAACCUUAGAAAAGCUCAUACAGUCUGAGGAGACCCAGGUGAAUGGAAUUGUAAUCCUUGCAGACUACAAAGGAGUCAGCUUAUCUAAGGCGUCUCAUUUUGGUCCCUUUAUAGCCAAAAAAGUGAUUGGAAUUCUUCAGGAUGGUUUUCCUAUUCGAAUAAAAGCUGUCAAUAUCAUAAAUGAACCUCGCAUAUUCAAGGGCAUUUUUGCUAUCAUAAAACCUUUCCUCAAGGAAAAAAUAGCAAAUCGGUUUUUUCUUCAUGGGUCAGAUCAGAGCUCACUCCAUCGCAACCUUUCUCCAAGGAUCCUUCCGGAAGAGUAUGGAGGCAUUGCAGGGAAGCUGGAUAUCUCUACCUGGAAUGAGCUGCUGCUUGCCUCAGAAGAUGAUUUUCUGUAUGACGUGUCUCACCUGGCUAUUCCCAGUGACUAUAUGCCUCAUGACCCAUUAAUGAGUGGGGAGAUUGAUGAGAAGCAAUGUGAUGACUCUUUGCGAAGCUUGAAAACACAACUCUAUUCCUGCUAUUAAUGUAGCUGUAAAAGCUUCCGAAAGGUCACUCUACUGUCUGCAAAGGGAUUAUGAAUUCUGCCUUGUUUCUUAAGCUGUAGCCAGAUGUGGAGACAGCUGAGGCACUUUAUAUUGGAACCAAAGCAUAUUUUAAAAAGAAACUGUGGAGGAAGGGUGAGGCUCUGUGUCAAUCUGGCAAGAGGGUACAUUUGGAGCCAAUGUCAGUGUUUUUGUCAUUUGUUGGCCAUUUGCAAAGGAGCCUCUCUGAAAUGAAUUGCUCCAAAUGAUUGGCUAAUUUGGUAAUAUUGUUAAGGUUCGAAGCACAAUUACUUGAAAGCAAGAAACACUAAAAUUAAAGGAAUGCAUUUCCAAAUAGAUAUUGUUAGGAUCAAAAAGCUCAAAGUGAAAGUGGAAGAAAUGGUUUACCGUUGAGGGAAUAUCUUGGGACUGGGCCAGGCUGUGCAAUGAGAGUGUUUUGGUCUAGCAGUCCCAUCAAGCAAUAGACUAUCCAAUGUCAAGAGAUUAUGGGAGCUGCAGAUGAAAAACAACUGAGGGGGUUACACUUGUCCUCCCCUUUCAUAUUGCCCCUCUUUCUGUGGAGAAAGGCACAAAUGUAAUAUAUAAGGCUAGUUAGUUAUUUGAUGCCAGUUAAGCUUCUAAUCCGAGAGAUACUUUUUGGACUGUCAUCCUUUUAUAUUGGUUGCAAUGCUUCCUUAUACAUUCCCUCCACAUACAAACAUAAUAGAUUUUUGUUUCUAAUAUGGUAUCCCAUAUUACCUUUACUUGAAUCUUGCAAUUGGCAGAUGCAAUGGUUGUUACUAUGACUGAAUGGAAGCACAUGCUCAUUUUGCAUAAAAGAAAGCAUCAGGCAGUCUAUGGCUGUAUUUAAUACCCAUACUUGAACUUGUAAAAUAGAUAGGAAAUUAAUUGAAAGGAAAAUAGAUAAUUUUGCAUAAUUGUUCAGCUGUCAGUUUGUACCCCUUUGUUAAAUUUACAUCUUGGUGGAAGGACAGAGAAAUUGUAAAUAGUUCUAGAUAUCUGUCCCAUAAGAGAAAAUAUAAUUGCUUAGAUACCUUUAUUUUUGGGAGAUAGCAUUUUUGGAAUCUCUGCGCAAACCAAAUGUAGACAGGGUGUUGUACAAGCACAAUUUGCGAUUUGUAAAUGGCAAUAUUUUACAUUCGUUGUGCAAUAUUUUGUUCAUGUUGUUUUGGUCUUGGUAAUCUUUCUAUUUUGUUUCUGAAGUCCCAUGCAUCUUCCUUUAUUGUUGGUUUAGUUUCAAGGUGUGUUCUAUGUUCACAGUUGAAUGUUCAUCCCCACUUCAUCCUCUCAAGUUACAGAUGAAGCAUUUGACCCCUUUCUUUCCAUGCUUCCAGUGAAACUUUGGUGGGGAUUGGAAAGGGUGAAACUUUGAUGGGGAUUGGAAACCUACACAUGUUGUCUAUUGUUCCAAUGCCAAUACUGGAACAAGUCAGCACUGAACAAAAUGAGAUUUUAUAUCACUUUUUAAACAGCUGGAGCUAUUUGUAGAGGUUUUUAGCUUGGUGCCAACUAUGACCAGAAACUGGUGCUUAUUGUAAAUAUGAAAUAUUAAGGUCUUCAGAAGAUGUACCGUUGUAUUAUCAGUGCCAAACUUGUAUUAUUAUUUUUAAUAACAACCACCUGCCUCUGUAUUGCCAAACCUAAAGGACUGCUACAUUGAAGUAUAAUACCCCUUUGAAUAGGUGUUUUGUAUGGUAUUGUAACUAUCCAGAAGGCCAUGAAUCCUAUUUCUUAAUUCCCACUACAGGUCUCCAUUGUAUUGGUUGAAUGGAAACCGUAUAUAUUUUCCAUGCUUCAUACACCUGCACUGCAUAGUACUACAUGGAUAUACUUAGGAAAAAUAAUUUACCCGAGAGAUACUUGGUGGAAUAAGACUUCUUAGAGGCGCAUAAAAUUGUAACGAUUACAAGAAUUGUAAGGAUUGCAGUCCAAGGCUAGAAUCAUGCAAGGGGCAUAAUAUUUAGUUACUCUGCAAUGUAUAUGUUGGGGGGUAUUCCACAUGAAGGUAUUUCGUACUUCCUUGCACAAGAUCCCGUCCCAGCUGUGCAGCAACUGCUGGUAUAGCUCCAUCUUCCCCUUCCACAUAUAUACACAUUUACAUAGGGGCUGCAGAUGUGUGCUCAGCAGGUUCACUUGCCCACUGUCUUUCCAGGGUACACUAGUCAUGCUGAAUAUAUCCAGGAACCAGCUAGACAUGGGCUGGCGUGAUGGAACUGCACCCAAGAGCUUUUUCUCUGUUAUGCAGCUGGGGAAGAAGUGGAGAAAAGAACAUCUUCCACUCCCAAGCAAUAGUGAACUGGUGGAAACUUAAGGUUUGCCAAUGUAUUUAUUGAAUCUUGGCCUAACACAACUGGAGGGGGGCACAUUGCUUUCGUUUCCAUCUGUGUAUCAUUUUCAGUUGAGAAAGAUGUGUUUUAGAGCAUACAGUUCCCAGUCUCUAGACAUGGCUAAUGGCAAUUGUAGUCAGUAAUCUGAAAAGCUACAUGUUGCCUUAAACUGCCGUAUAUGCUUUGUAGUGAAGUAAUAUCUAUAUAGAAUUUCAUGGCUGUGAUUGAAGUGUACUGUUUAAAAUAGCCAUUAUGAAUCAUAGUUCUAAAAAUUAGUGUACUGUUCUGUAAUGAGGUUUCACUCGUCAGAAGUUCUAGAAAUCAGGUUGGGGUUCUCUAGCCUACCUGAAUAGUUGUAACAAGCUUUUCCCAGCUGCUUCCUGUAUUUUGGAGACUGCUUUAGACACUUCUAUUGAGCCAUUUCUUUUGGGAAUGAGAAAGCUUCAAAUAGUACUGAAUGGCAAAGGUUGUUCAUGUGCAAAAGAGAAAAAAGUAUGUUACAUUUCAUGCACUCUUAAAUCUUCAAUAGAUGAUCCACUGCAGAUGCUCUCAGGUAGAAAUAUGUGGAAUUUCUGAUGAGUUGUAUUCAACAAAAACAAACUUCUAAGUUGCUAGUUUUGAGAUUUACAUUUCUCACUUUUUUCCUCUUGUAUUUUCCUAUCAUGGCUGGACUAAUCAUUUGUAAAGUCAUAGAAAUAGUUUCCAGUGGGCUCUUUUCUGCAGUACAUACAAUGUCCUCCCAGCGCUUCUGACAGAAGUCAGAGAAGUUUUAACUGACUUCAGUAGUAUCUAAUAUACAAGUUACCCUUGGGAAUAUUCAUUAGCUUAGACAUGUUAGGAUAAACUUAUAAAACAAAUGCUUAGGUGUUUUACAAUUAAGGCACACUUAUUUUAAAGGUGUACUGCAAGAUUGAACAUAUCAUAUGCAUCCUCUGGAUCCUUGAUUUAAAGAUUCUUUGAUAGUAUUGAAAUUUCUAAAAAAAAAAAAAAAAAAAACCAUUCCAAGCACAGCAAGGGUAUUGGAAGGAAUACCAGGCCUUAAGCAAGAGACAUUGAUAACUAACCAUAAUUGUCAAAUUGCCUUCUAAGUGUAUUAACUUAGGAAAUAUAAACAAGAAUACUAUAAAUAAAAUACUUGAAUUUAUACUGUGGAUUGGACUAGCAGCUAAAGCCGGAUGUUUUUCCAGAGGUUGUUGAGGUCCUUUGUUUCUACUGGUCAGUCAGCUUUGGCAUAUUUCUCAGUAAUUAUUCCGUAUAAAUUUGGUUUCGUCUUUUGCAGUAUGUAGAAUUCAGAUGUUUGGUUGAAGCAGACACCUUUUGAGAAUUUAUUUUUAUAUUGCACUUUAUACAAUUAUUGUUCUCAGUGUAACUGUAUGCAUGUGUGGAUAUUAAACAAUUCUACCGUGAAGCCGUUUCUGUCCAGUGGCUUCAAAGGAA